CAACAGAACUCAACGAAGUGCAGUCAAGAAUUGCCGCGUGCCGGAGAACAUCUUGUUAAUAUUACAGUACAUAUAAUAUUAAAUAAAUACAUAAAAUAAGAGAUUACGGUGUAAUUCGUGCUUUUUAAUAUAAAGUGUUGAUUUAUGUGAAUAAUAAUGACGGAAGAGGACGCAAUUGAAACAGUGAUUGGCCGGUUUGGUAAAUACCAAAACUGGAUUUUUUUCUUAAUAACAAUAGGUCGCUUACCAGCUGAAUAUCAACUAGCAAAUGUUGUUUUCAUUAUUCCAAACGCUGAAUACGUUUGUAAUGACGAAGGUGCCAACAUGACAUCAAAUUAUUGCCCGUGCGAUAACCCUGUGUAUGAUACAUCUAUCAUGAGAUCUGUAUCCAGUGAUUGGAAUCUUAUAUGUGACAGACGGCAACUGGCGAGUGUUGCUCAAUCAAUGCUACAAGUUGGAAUACUAGUCGGGAGUUUGUUUUAUGGAUUUCUUUCUGACAGAUAUGGAAGAAAGAUAGCCACAUUGUUGUCUCUCGUAACAGAAGUCAUAUUUGUGGCUAUGUCGGCAGCUGCGACAGAAUUGUGGAUGUUCGUUGCCUGUCGCUUUUUAAUUGGAACAGGCGUUGGUGGCACAAUGCUGUGUUGUUACGUAAUUAUUAUAGAACUCAGUGGAAAAUCAUUCAGGCCGUACCUAACUGGUCUAAUAGAAAUAGCCUACAUCGUAGGAUACAUAUCUAUGCCUGGUAUAGCAUACUUAUUGAACGAUUGGAGGAAUAUGCAACUAGCGUCAUCCAUUCCCUUUGCAUUCACAAUAUUCUACUAUUGGCUUAUACCAGAAUCACCUCGAUGGCUAAUUACAAUGGGAAAGAAAAAGGAGGCUGUUCAACUUCUUACAUACAUAUCGACUAAAAACAAUAUGCCCGUCGAUAAUAUUGAGAGCAUGGUAGAUAAAGCUUACGAAGAAUCUCAAAAGGAAAGAAAACACCAUUAUGGAUCUUAUUUGGAUUUAUUUAGGACCCCAAAACUUAGAACAUAUACAAUGAUAACAGCUUUCGUAUGGCUGUGCUGUAGUCACUCAUUUUUUGGUAUUAAUCAAUAUAUAGGACUACUCCAAGGAAAUAUUUAUAUAAAUGUUGUACUAUCCGCCGCAACGCUUAUUCCAGCAAUGAUUUAUGUAAUAUUUGCAUCAUUGUAUAUGAGAAGAAAAGCAGCAAUAAUAGCGAGUUUUGUAGUGACUGCUGCGUCACUGUUGUUUUUUCUAGUAGUUCCAAAAUCAAUGGAAUCGAUUACAUUAACUCUAGCUAUAAUAGGCCAAACUGGUGCUUACACAGCGUUUGUACAAAUUUAUCUGUUUUCUUGUGAAAUAUUUCCAACAAUUAUACGUAACUCUGCAAUGGGCUUUGGUUCAGUUUUUGCUAGGUUUGGUGGUUUCAUUGCUCCGUUCGUAGUCAAUGUUGGUAUUGAAUGGGUAUCAAUAUCAGUAUUUGCUAUCAUAGCUUUAGUUGCAGCAUGUUUGUGUUUCUUUUUGCCAGAGACAAAAGAUAUUGUACUUUUGAAUACAAUAAACCAAACAGAAAAAUUAGAGUCACCACAAAAGCUGGCCAAUGGCAUCAAAUAAUUAGUUCCUAAUACAUAGUAUUUAAAUAUUAUAAAUUAUUAAUAUAUUUAGUGUUUAUUCCGCUAAGUUAUGUUUAUCUACGCCAUCCGCCUGCACGGUUUAUAAUUACGGGUGAACCGAGUCCUCCAGCAAAGAAUCGGCUACUGAAAGAUAUUAAGACAUAACAUUGAAAUAUUUAUGGAUUUCCGCAAAAAAAACGCCUAAUUCAAUAAAUUUAAAUUAUUUAUAUUUUACCAUAGCACUUUUUCCUUGCCCAAUAUUAUGUUUGUAUGAUAGGUAAGAAAAGGGGCGUUCAAUUAUUAUUUAGUUAUUUAUUUAUACAAAAUAUAUUUCUGGAGUACAACUUUAGUUUAAAGAGUAAAAUAUUUUUUGUUCAAUGGUGCCACAUUAAUGAACGAUAAAUGUGUAUUAUAAGCAAUACUUGUGAAUCAUUUCUUUCCAAUAGAACAUAAACUACAACACGCUACAUGGGGCACACUAAAAGUUUUGCACUUCUAGCUAAUCGGAACAAUUUUAAUUUCGAAUGUUAUAUUUUUUGAAACGUUACAACCUUCUUAGUAAUAAAAAAAAACAAUUGGCGGGAGAUCAUUUGUCAAUUGUUUUUUAUCACACAUCAAAGUUCUACGUACGCAACGAAAAUGGAAUUAAGUCGAAAAGAUUUUAGAGCGACGAUUUUUCAUAAUUUUAAAAGAUCUCUCUCUCCGCAAGAUUGUUCCGCUCGUCUUCAAAAUCCUUGUGGGAGAGAAACAGCUUGUUUCAGCACCGUGAGGCAAUGGUUUGCUGAAUUAACGAGAGGACGUGUUUCUUUAGAUGACGAAUUUCGUGAAAGGCGGCCUUCAACGGCCGUCAACGAAAAUAAUGUGGCUGCUGUUAAGCGGCUGAUUGAAUAAAACCCGCGGAGUACCUAUGAGGCAAUUAGAGGACUAUUGAGGAUUGAUAUGAGCCAUAUUCAGAAAAUUUUACACGAAGAAUUAAAAGUUCAGAAACUUUGUUGUCGUUGGAUCCCUCAUGAACUGACAGCGGAGCAGAAGCGGGUUCGCGUAAAAUGGUGCUCACAGAUGCUAAUGAAGUACGACUACGGACAUUCUAAUGCUGUUUCUAUCAUUGUCACAGGAGACGAAACGUGGAUUUAUUGUUUUGAACCGUUUGACGUUCUGACGUUUUGACGUUUAUUGUUGUACAUAAGGUUUUGAAUAUCUAUUGUCUACUAGUUGACACAGCAAACGUUAUAUUGCCGUAUAAAGUAAUAAGAAAAAAAUCAAUAAUUAAAAUUUUUGGGGUAUAAAAAAUAGAUGACGAACGAUUCUCAGACCUACGCAAUAUUAAAUCGUACAUAAAAUGUAUCGUACUACAAUAAUUAUUAUAUUCCAUUGCCAUCUUGCAACCUAUUUCUGUGGAUGAAACAGAAUAUAAAAAUAGGCGUUGAUUGUAGACGGAUGGCAAUUUGAAGUUGGAUGUAUUUUUUAAUGCUGAAUCAUUUUUCAAUUUGCGCCCAACUGGUGCAGACACACGCCAUACCACAAAAAUUAAAUUGAAUUGAAUUGGUUGCGUUCAGAAAUUUAAUUUGUGACAAAACUUAAGAUUUAUCAAUCUACAUAAAAAUAAUCUGAUAGAUAGUAAACAACUGUAGUUAAUCUAACUAUAGUUAACUAAAAUUAAGUUAUUAUUCUUUCAAUUUGAUUUCUGAACGAUGGGGUAAAAAGGAAAAACAAAAUUGUUGUUUUUAUAUAAUUCCGAGCAUUUUCAUAUUUAUUCACCUUUUAAACCUUCCCUGGACUUCCGCAAAUAAUUCAAGACCAAAAUUAGCCAAAUCGGUCCAGUCGUUCUCGAGUUCUAGCGAGACUAACGUGUUCGUUUGCUGAAUUGCUGUUGCAAUUCAUUUAUAUAUACAUAUAUAUAUAUAUAUAUAUAUAUUUAUAUUAGAAUCAGAUCACAUCAAAGCAUAUACGGUACUAUACAUUAAUUUGUAUCAUUUAUAUGUUCGCUUUAAUAUUUCUUCGCAAGAGAUAAAAAUAUUUCAUUAUACCUGUAACAACCCGUGGUGAUGUCAAUGAGUAGGGAGCAAUUAAAACUAAAACUUUUGAACCCACGAACAAAAAAGCAAUUAAAUCGUCCUCUAUAACUUACAAAUUCAUACAUACGAUAAUGCCUGUCUCUAUGAGGGGAAGCAGAGAAUAUGUACUUUAAUGGAAGUUUCAGUUUCGGUUUCGGAAGGCCUUCACUUGCUUUUGAUAGCCACCGCCCUUUAUGUGCUAUGUAUACCAAAAACACCGCCAGCCGGUCAACCAUGGCGAAAGACGAACUAUCGAUCGUUGAUCAACUCGUGACUCACUAUGUAUACAGACAGCUCUGGAGAGCAAGAAAGUUGUAGUAAAAAGUACAGACUUAUCUAGGCCAAGUUGUUAUCCUUUGGGAUAAAAUGGACAGGGCUGAAUUCUAUGAGUCUGGGGUUUAGGGGCACACGUUCUGUGUACGAAGGAAGAAAUGGCAACUGGCCCUUUUAACUGAAUGUCCAAGAAAAACAGAGCUUGCCGAAUUGUUUUAUCUCUGUACGAUACUUUAGGCAAAGGAUUCUCCACAUUGUCUUUCCAUUAUCAUUAAAGUAAAAAUUGAGGCAUGGAGAGUACCUCGAAGAUCGGCCGUCUCCCUUGCUGUAUGGGCCAGGGAGUCAUUAUCUAUACACAGCGGAAGUCGCUAAGGAUUGUAACAAAUAAUUGCUAUCAAUGUGGACGUGCAGCCAUUUACAGUGGUAAUAUUUAAAGAAAAACUUCAGAGCUUGACAAGAAAGUUUGAAAUAGUCCAAAUGCAAACUGACCUUUUUCACUAGCAUCAAACCUUUCACACGUGCUUAUUUUUCGCAAUUAGCCUAUACAGCCUAACGUCUUUUGUAUUCGGGUACAAAUCGCUGAAUUGAACAAAAAAUAUCUACAAGCAAUAUAACGUGACUGUAGAUUUUUUAAGUUGCGUUCGAAAAGAAAACUGGUUAUAGUGACGAUACCCAACUUUGAUGAAGUAAUAUAUUAUUUAGAAAAAGGUCAAUACGUUAAGCUAGUGGGAGACUCCUUUGCAUAGGAUGCCGGCUAUAUUAUGGGUAGCACAACGGUGCCUAUUUCUGCCGUGCAAGCAUUACUGUGUUUCGGUGAUUACAGCAUUAUCAGCUGAACGUCCUGUCCGUCUCGUCCCUUAUAUUCAUAAAAAAAACCUAACUUGGUAAUGACAACAAUGUUCAUUUUCAAACAAGACUGAAACCAUUUUAAUAAUACGUCUUGUUUUGUGAUUUUUUUCCUUAUAUUUAGUUAUUUAGUAUAUUUUGUUGUAAACGUAAUGUAGAACGUACGGCAUUCCACACAAACGUCCAUGUGGUUUAUGGUGUGUUAUAUGGAGUAUUGUAUUUUCAUUUAAUAAGUUCCUAAAAGAGAAAGCUACAGUAAUAUUUUAAUAACUAGGUGAAAUCCUAAUAAUUUAUAGAUUCCAAAUGCUAAAUUUUGACUAAUUUAAUGUUACUUUAUAUAAAAUAAAAUAAAAAAUGAUUGGAAUUAAGUAAAAACUUAGAUAAUUAAUACGUCUAGAUAGAGUCUAUUGCUGUGAGACAACCGAUAAAAACAGGUCAAGAUAAUACUUUAGUGUGCGUGACAAGCUACGUCUUACACCCGCGAUUUGUAUGACACUUUGUGUCAGUGUGCGAGAUUUGCUCAUAAUAGAGGCUAGUUCUAAACACAAUUUAUUUCAUAGUCAGUCAUAGUCUAUCUAGACGUACGAAUGAUCCAAGUUAAAAAAAUUACAAAUUGUAUAAUAAGUUUAUGGUUUGAUAAUAAUAUGUAUAUUUGCCAUGAAUUGUUGAUUAUAAUAUAAUAUGACACCUCUUAUGUUUUUUCUGAAUAUAUUAUUCUAUGCUGUUUAUUAAUUUUAAUCCUACUUUACUGACUAUUGUAAUACAAGUCUGCAUCUACUUGAAGUAAGCACCUACUUACUCUUUCAAUAAAGUGUAACUGACCUUCUAGGCAAGAUAAAAUUGUAGGUAAUAAUAUUAACUAUAGUCGGUCUCAUUUAUUGCCCUUCCCCCCGCAACACCACCCACUACCCGCUGAAAUCUUUAGUCCCCCUUCCCCGCCACCGUCUGACACCCCGUGAGGCGGCCGCGCACGAUGUUGUCGGACUAUAGCGUCAAAACAAAAUAUUAUCUAUAAAACCUUUUAUAAAAAGAUUUGUAAAUAAAUUAUAUAUUUUAA